CAAGAUGGAGAACUUCGGUAAGAAGACUUUAGAAGUUGGUCUUUCCUCAUCAAUUCCCUCCAAGUUACUCAGCACCCUGCCUUAGAAAGAGAUCACAGUUCCCUCAGUGUGACUGGGUUAAACUCCCUAAGUUGAUCACCGCCUUCUCAAGGGCAUCUCAGGGUCAGCAAUAAAAGCUGGCACAAUCAGCGGCGCCCACACCCCGGGAACAAGUAUCCCCUGUCAUAAAACGCUUAUCACUCAGUGGUCUACCAAUCCUUUGCACGGUUUCACUUUCUGGCCCGCCCAUUUAUUCUCUCCAUUUUGAAAUCAUUUCCCCUUCUCUUUGGACAGCGGCUGAAGUUUCUCUGCUUGUGUUGAGGGUCAGUAAGUCCACAUUAAGGAGGUGGCUCUGGUACUGGUUUUGUUGCUGAGCAGUGCUUACAGACUUGCUGAGGAGAAACUGGGACAAGGUGCUCGCUGCAGCUUCUGGAUGCCAACCCAGUGACACAGGAACUAGCUGCUGACCAAGUCCGUGGGUUCAGGAAGCCUUCACCUCACCAGGAUAUGGGUUAACAAGGAUUUUCUUUGAGGUAAUCAAUUAAAUCUGUGCAAAGAUGAACAGAAGAUGUAUCAGUGUUGUGUUCCUAUUCUGUAUUCUUCAAAUUGCAAAGCCAGAGACAUUUGAUGUCAUUGGAUUCGAUGAACCCAUUAUAGUCACUGUCGGUGAUGAUGCUGUAUUACCAUGCCAUGUGGUACCAAGUACAUCUUUGGAAGAUCUGGAGGUUCGAUGGUUUAAGUUAGACUUUACUACACCAGUCCAUUUAUACGCUGGUAAACAGGAUCGUCCUGAUCUGCAGGAUAAGGAUUACCGAGAGAGAACUGAACUUUUUAAAAAUGAUUUUCUCAAUGGAAAUGCUUCUCUGAAACUGAAGAAAGUAAAAGCAUCAGAUGAAGGGAUCUACACAUGUUUUAUUGACUUCAAGUCAAGCUAUGAGGAAGCAGUGAUAAAUCUCAAAAUUGGAGGUAUUGGACAGCAGCCUUGGAUUCACUUGGAGGGAACCAGUAGCAAAGGAGUUCGUCUUGCAUGUAAAUCAGAUGGGUGGUAUCCUGAACCAAGUGUGCAGUGGCUAGAUGGAAAUCAAAAAGCUGCAAAUGCAAAACCUGAAACAACUCACCAAAAAGAUAGCAAUGGCCUUUUUACUGUUUUAACUCAAAUUGAUGUAACAAGUGACUCCAUGAACAGAUUCUCCUGUCUAAUGCAAAACAAUUUAUUGAACAAAGUAAAAGAAGCCCGUCUUCAGAUACCAGAAAUAUUCUUUCCCAAGGUCAAUGUGUGGCUGAUAGUUUUCUGGGUGUUCGCAGCCCUUGUGAUUAUCAUUAUCAUUCUUGAAAUAAUGUUCCAUAGAAGAAAACGUAAAAGGAUCAAAGAGCUGCAACUGUUUUGCAUUUUGGAAGGUUAUAAAAACAUGGAAAUCAAUUAUCCCUCUGUAACAUUGGUAAAGAAAACCGACUAUCAAGAAGUUGAGGUGUCUGAGGAUCUGAAGAGUGUAAGAUGGACUGGGGAAAGUCAACCUAAUGCUGAGAAGGGGCUUAACGACCGGUCCUGUGUGCUGGGAACAGAAGGAUUCACAUCAGGGAGACAUUACUGGGAAGUGGAGGUGAUUGGGAAAGGCGAGUGGAAUCUGGGCGUCGUUUCAGACUCUGUGUGUUGGGAGGAAGAGAUUGAACUGAAACCUGAGAAUGGAUUCUGGACCAUUGGAUGGCUGGGAAAUAAUCUGGUCGUGAAUACCUCCAACAGUCCUCGUCAAUCUCUUGGUGAUGUACCAAAGAAGAUUGGUGUUUAUCUCAGUUAUGGGUCUCAGUCAGUUUCAUUUUUCAAUGCAGACACAAAAUCUCAUCUCUACACUUUUAAUAAAAUCAAAUUCCCACAAAAACUUCAUCCAAUAUUGCAAACUUCAGAAAAUACAAGUCUGAAAAUCUGUCCCAAUUCAAAGAAAGGUUCGAGAGAUUGCAGUGACCGCCCUACGUUCAGCAGCGCAGGAGAAUUGAAACUGAAAGCGGUUGGAAUCAGGAAGAGAACUUGGUUUCAAACAGCAGCUCCAGAGUUUAACCGAGGAGAUUCCCGGGAUCACGGGGAAGACCGCUGCAUUCGGGUGAAGGAAGCUGUUGGAAUCUACAAGGAUCUGGUGAAGAAACCAGGGACCUCAGAAAUGGAACAGCAGCAAAAGGAGAUUUCACAAAACAGGGAGGAAAUGCGUCAGAAGAUGAGCAAUGACAUUGAAACUGAAAGCGGUUUGACUCAGGAAGUGCUGAGGGUGAAAAUGGAUUCCACACAGCAGGUCCAGAGUUUGACCAAGGAGAGUUGGGAAAAGCAGGAGAUAAACUCCUGCCCGGAAUGUAGACCGGAGUUUCCAGACAGAAACCUCAGAGGCAGCAGGGCCUUAGCGAAUCUGACCGAGAAAGCUCGAACAUUAAAUCUGAAUCUGCAAGAGAAGGAAAGUAAUCAUCACUGUGAGGAACAUCAGGAAGAACUGAAGCUGUUUUGUGAAACUGACAAGAAAUUGGAUCGAGUGAAAUCUUCUUUGGAAUCUCUCACAGGGAAGAAAGCGGCGGCUCUAGAAAUGGAGCAGCAGCAGAAACAGAAGAUUUCCCAAAUUCAGGAGGAAUCCAGCAGCCUGCAGACCCACAUCAAAUCCGAGUUCACUAAAAUGCACCAGAUACUGACUGAGAAAGAGCAGAGUUUACUCCGAGAUCUCAGGGAACAAGAGGAAAACAUUCUCAAACCAAUGGAGCGAAAUCUCUGGAAAAUUCAAGAUUCUUUAAAUUAUCUUCAGGAGAAACUCUCAACAUUGGAGAAAGAGUUGGAACAAAAAGACAGAGUGGUGUUUCUGAAGGAGGAAGCAUCUCGGGAGAGGAGGAUUAGUGAUAAUAGUAAUGAGCUCUCACUAACAGAUGGUGUCCUGUCUCCUGAAAAUUUCAAGAUUGUUUUACCGUUUCCCGUGUGGAACGAAAUGCUGGAAAAUAUUAAACCUGUCUCUGUGACCCUGGAUGUGGAAACAGCGAAUCCCAACCUCGAGGUGUCUAAGGAUCUGAAGAGUUUGAGAAUGACCAGGACCAGGACCAGGAGGCGUCUCCCUGACAACGAGAAGAUGUUUACAGACAGUUUCAGUGUCCUGGGAUCAGAGGGAUUCACAUCGGGGAGACAUUACUGGGAGGUGGAGGUGGUGGGGAAUCGGGGCUGGAAUCUGGGAGUAGCCUCAGAGUCUGUGGAGAGGAAGAGAUGGGUCAGUCCGAAUCCGAAGAGUGGACUCUGGACCAUGGAGCGGGCUAGGGAUCAGUUUUAUAUAAACUCCGAUCCUGAAUCCCCUCUCCCGGUUGAUCUGAUCCCCAGGAAGGUGGGAGUUUAUCUCAGUUAUGAAUCUGGGACAGUUUCAUUUUACAACGUGGACACCAAGUCCCAUCUCCACACCUUCCCUGGGAAUACAUUCACUGGGAAACUUUAUCCUUUCUUCACGGUUUGGGAUUCAAACAAGUUUCUAAGAAUCAGAUGUUAA